UUGGGUCAGUGAGAAGUACGCAAUUCCCCGUAGAAUUCCGGCUUUACGGAGAUCUUCUGAAGGACGAUCGUGCCGCCCUUGACCCAGAGUUCCUAAAGUACAUCAAUUCCGACAGCGAGCAGGUCCAGCAGGGUUACGCCGAGCCGGAAAUACAAAACGCGAAGGUGUUUGAAUCCGUACAGGCCGAGCGUUUUGGGUAUUUUGUUGUGGACCCAGACACGCGUCCCGGCCACCUCGUCAUGAACCGGGUGCUGACGCUAAAGGAGGACAAGGAGAAGGGUGCCAUGGCCCCCUGUCCUCAAAAGUAA